CGGCGAUUUGUAGAUUAUUGUAGCUGCAGUGCAAAUAGCGCACAAGACGGCACUGAGAUACUUGCAAGUUUGCAGAGCUCGCGUUGCGAAUGCAGCUGUUAUAAAAAUAAGAAACCCUUUGCCAUUUAUUGUGAGGUUUCCAACAUGGGUGUAGACUAAAAAGAAGAGUAUCCCACGAGCUGGCACAGAGGUGUGAUGAUCAUGCACUCCUGAAGAUCAAAACUGCGCUCAGUAAUUUCCUGGAUCAUGCAGAUUCUGCAGCCUAGGACGUUAUUCGUGUUAUUGGCCCAUAUACAUGUAUUAUUAUCUCUGCGAAAUGGAGGAGUUCGGAUUAAAGAGGACAGCAACAGCAGCGCGUACUCUGGCAAGACUUUCCAGGGUUCGCUCCGGGAGAGUCGUCAAAACAAAGCCCGGGACCGUGCGCUCUUGCCGGAGUACGCCACAGGUGCGUCUUCGGCAGAGCAGCGGGCACUUAUCAGAGAGACCCUUAACUCCACUCACCCCUGGAAGAGGGUAAUAGCAGAAGAAAUCAGGCGAAAUGGACACAGCAAACGCGACUACAAUAGGACUCUGACACCCGUGGAGGAUCCCAACGCCGUCUCACAUUGGGACUCGACGCGCCACCAUAAUAGGAGGAUAAAGUUGAAUGGCGGUUUUAGUAGUACGGGGACGCCAGCAGGUGGACACUACAAUGCGGCUAAGCCCUCUUCAAUGGGUUGGGGAGAGGGAGGAGGGGGACCCGAGGAGGGCGACAGGCACAAGAGAGGCACAAAAGACGAACAGAAGAAAGCGUGGAAGAGGGGGAGAAACCGGCUGAACAAAAGCUCUGUGGUUUUGGCUCAGCCUCACGAGUCACCGUGGGAACCUAUCCCCAAACCGGUGGCCCUCACCUCCACCGACCUGCCCUUUGACCUCUUUACCAGGAGGAGUGAGUUUUUUACUUUCAGAGAGGAGAACCCAUGGGACGCUACGCCGAUCACCCCUCCCAGCUCGCAGGAUUUCGGGGAAGAGAUCAAGAACCCCUUUUACCCAGUGACAAGUGAGACUUACGGCGCUUACGCGAUCACGUGCGUCUCCGGGGUAAUAUUUUUGGUGGGCAUAGCAGGUAACAUUGCCAUCCUGUGCAUCGUGUGCCAGAACUACUACAUGAAGAGCAUUUCCAACUCUUUGCUGGCAAAUUUAGCUGUGUGGGAUUUUGUGCUCAUCUUCUUCUGUCUGCCUAUGGUGGUUUUCCAUGAACUGACGAAGUCCUGGCUGCUGGGAGAAUUUACCUGUAAAGUGGUGCCCUACGUGGAGGUGGCUUCCCUGGGUGUGACCACAUUCACCCUGUGCGCUCUGUGCAUCGACCGCUUCCGUGCGGCUACCAAUGUCCAGAUGUAUUAUGAGAUGAUAGAGAACUGCACAUCUACUACUGCCAAACUAGCUGUCAUCUGGAUUGGCGCCCUCCUCUUGGCACUCCCAGAGCUCCUUAUUCGACAGCUUGUCACAGAGGACACGGGAAUCCCAGAUGAGCCUCCCGUUGAACGCUGCAUUAUCAGGAUAUCCACUUCACUGCCUGACAUGCUCUAUGUGCUGGGCCUGACAUACGAGGGUGCUCGGCUGUGGUGGUGCUUUGGCUGCUACUUUUGUCUCCCCACUCUCUUCACAAUCGGGUGCUCAUUAGUGACGGCGCGCAAGAUUCGGCAUGCAGAACAGGCCAGCGUGCGCAGCAACAAGAAGCAGAUCCGGUUAGAGAGCCAGAUGAACUGCACCGUUGUCGCACUGGCAAUCGUCUACGGUGCGUGCGUGGUGCCCGAGAACAUCUGCAACAUAGUUUCUGCCUACAUGGCAGCCGGAGUUCCUGAGCAUACCAUGUCUGUGCUCCAUCUUCUCUCCCAACUGCUGCUCUUUUGUCGGGCCGCCGUGACACCAGCGCUGCUGCUUCUUUUGUGUCGUCCACUAGGCAGGGCCUUCCUGGACUGUUGCUGUUGCUGCUGCUGCUGUAACCACGCUCCAUCCUCGGCCACUGCGAGCGACGACAACGAGCACGAGUGCACUACAGAGCUGGAGCUGUCACCAUUCAGCACCAUCCGCAGAGAGCUGAGUAACUACACACCUGCUGGCUCCAACUGCUAAACUGACAUUUGCCAUCAGGGAAGGUGGUAUCACUAGCCUGCAAUCUGCCUGUGGCUAGUAUUUCUCAGACUUGGCUAGGAGAGAUUUGCCUUACCUAGUCCACUCACAACUCUAAAUGGGUGCAUGAAGGAAGUUGGGUGCUGUGAGUCCAUUCAUCCUGUUGUUAAGCAUCAUCAACUUUACAAUAUUUGUAUAACAGUUUUUCCAGGACAUUUAACAAAAGACAAAGCUGUCUUUUUACUCUUGCCCUGGGGUGCUUCUAAAACUUGGUCAGUACUUAUUUUUAGUAGUCCUGCCUGAAACCUUUAAAACUUAAAAACCUCCCGUCCGUAGGCCUUGCUUAGAUAAAUAUUUUGGGGCAGUUGUGAUGGCCUCCUAGCCUGGUUCAUCACAAGUUAAAGAAAUCAUCUAAUUUGGAAUAUUUACACUGUACGGUGAUUGUGCACAAUAUGUAAGAGCAAGUUGAAUUCAUGAUAAUAAAUAUUUAGCAAACAUGAAAAAAAAAAAAA